CAUAUAUGACAUGACCUCUGUAUUGCCUUCGGCGAGUGCCUCUAGAGAAGACUUUGUUAUCUGUUCCAUUUGUCUUUUUUGCUUUCAAGAAGAGCACACACCAACUGCUGAAGCUUCCUUAGCCUGACGAAGGGUUUUUGAACCCAAAAGCUUGCUUAAUAACUAUUCUCCAACCAUUUGGGUUGGUCUAAUAAAAGAUAUCAAAUUCACCCAAGGAACCUUGUCUGCCUAUGUCCUUAGACCAACACGGCUACAACCCAAACCCCUGCAUAUAUAAAUUCUGAAUUGUGUUGGUGCAUGUUGGUAACUUGCUGCUGAAAGUCUGGGUUACCUGGGUGAACGCCAGCCCACUUUGGCAAAUGCUAUCCUAGUAUUGGAACAGCAGAAGCUUGACUUGUGUCAGAGACAGGCAGACAUUCCAACCUUUCCUUCCUAGCACCUAGGAGUUGCAAACGUAUGUGCCCAACUCCUUGUAGGGGUGCCUAUACACGAUCACCAGGGCUGCUCUGAUGCAUUGUAAUUACAGCAUGUAGGAGGAAACUCCAGUUAAUCGAGUCUGUUGGAGUGUGGCAGUUACCAUGCCUUUGGGUAAGAAAGAAAGAUGAGAAAUACUACUCUGAGGAAAGUCACCACUAUCCUUCUCGCAACAGUGAAAUGUGAACUGGGUGUUUCAAAAGAGUGCUCCAUUUACCCAGCUCUGCCUUCUUCCAUUUUUCAUAGAAGCAUCUGUCCAGUUGAUGACUGACAAAUUUUUGAACUGGGGUUAUUGAAGACCCCCAAGUCUCCCUCAGAAAAAAAUUGGUUAAUUCUUUGUAAAAAAGCAGAAAAGGGUGGGAGAUAAAUCAUGCAUGCUGGAGAAAUCUGGAGCAAUGCAGUCUUUUCUCCCUCUGAGCUGCAGAAUAGCUCUGGAGCUGGAGGUUUGCAUACCUGUCCUUUCCCUCCUGUCCCUGUAUAUCUUAGUUGGCCAGGGAAUCUAUCUGGUAUCCGCAGUUAAGCAGUUCUGCAAAAACACGUCCUCCAGUGUACAAACCGCAUGUAUUGUUUUACAUAUCUUGCAUCCCUCUUCAGCAAAAUCCAUUGCUUUUACAACCAACCUGGCCUUUUGUGCAUACCUAGGUUGGGCAAAAUUUUCCCCUAUGUGUAGGUUCCUUUAUAGUAUCUUUCUCUUUCUUUUUGCUUUAACAUUAAUUUUUUCGAAGUCCAGUUUAUAACAAGUUAUUUUGCUUGCCUAGGUCUGUAUGCUUUGCUCAGUAGGCUAUCAUCUCUUCUGUUGCCAUCGCUCAGAGAAGACCAGCCGGCGAUGGAUGGCAUUGGAUUACGCAGGGAUUUCCAUUGGUAUCCUGGGCUGCUAUGUAUCUGGAGUGUUUUACGCAUUUUACUGCAAUAACUAUUGGCGGCAGGUAUAUUUAAUCACUGUGCUGGCGAUGAUCCUAGCAGUGUUCUUUGCUCAGAUUCAUCCCAGUUACCUCACACAACAGUGGCAUCGACUGCGCUCUGUCAUCUUCUGUUCUGUGUCUGGAUAUGGAAUCAUUCCUACCAUCCACUGGGUUUGGCUCAAUGGUGGGGUUGGUGCAUCUAUUGUGCAGGAGUUUGCUCCACGUGUAAUUGUGAUGUACUUGAUUGCUGCAGUAGCUUUUCUCUUCUAUAUUUCCAAAGUUCCAGAAAGAUACUUCCCAGGACAAUUAAACUACCUCGGCUCUAGUCACCAGGUAUGGCAUAUCCUUGCAGUACUAAUGUUGUACUGGUGGCAUCAAUCUACAGUAUAUAUCAUGCAAUACAGGCACAACAAGCCCUGUCCUGAGCAUCCUGCACAUUUGUGAAUGAAGAGCUGUUUUCCUGCCACAAGCAUUCUGACUAUGAAUGUCUAGGUCUUAGUUGCUUGCUGAGUCCUGAAGUUGUGCACUGAGGCAGUUGUUUUUCAUUAACUUCUGGACUGCAUUUCCACCUGCAGGGAUGGCAUGUGAACUGGAAUUUAAGACUGCCAUUGCUUAGGUCUCUUGACAAAUUAACUUUCACUCCAACAAUUGUGCUUCACUGCAGGAUGUACAGAAGAACAGUACAGGUCUUCCUACAAUUAAACAAUGAAACUGGGAUUCACAAACCAACAUAUGAAUCAUUAUGUCCCCUUUUCUAAUUGGUAUAACAUGAAUGGCAGUAAUGUCCAUCAAGAGUGUACAUCAAACAACUCUCACAUUGAUAUAAACAUCGUUUUACUCUUUAGUGAAGUCUGAAAUUGAAGAAACCUGUCCUCAGCACAAUUUUAAAGCUCUUAUUAUACAUUGCUUCAAGACCUCAUUUUGAACGUUUUCCGUUUCAUACAGUGUAGCAUACUGUUUGCCUAGUUGUUGCUUUGAUUUUGCUACUGUAAUAUUUAAAUCUGAAUUUGGUAGAUUCUUACACCUUUCAAAAGCUUUCGUUUUUCCUUUGUGAAAGAGCAGAAGGGAUGCUGUCAUCUACUGUGAAUUUUCUAUUGCUAAUCCAACAUUACUUUUGAAGUGGACAAUGCUGUUAAUUUGUUCACUGAGUUCCCAAGUUACUUUCAGGCACCCAAAUGACCUUGGAUGGUUUUGAAAACUUUACCCUGAAGUAUUCUGAAUGAAAUAUCUGGCAAAUUGGACUCAAUUUAAUCAAAUUCUUGUGGGCCUUGUAGUUUGUAGACUUUGUAGCAACACAUUUAAAAAAUGUCCUGUAUGAGUUUAGAGCAGAACUUGGCCCUACAAUUCACUAUUUACUAUUUGGAUUAUUAGUACUAAUGUAGAAGUUAACAGCAAAACAGCGCCUUGUGGUUUUAAUAUAGAAAUACAACACAUUGCUUUUAGGGCUCAUUUUAUUGAAACACUUCUGUUGCCAAAGGUUUUCUAUAGAUAGUAAUAAAAGAUGACUUAUCGUUUGCCAGUUGGAAAACUGAUUUUUAAAACUGCAGUUUUUAAAGAUUUAUUUUGUCUUGGCAUAUCAGAAUUAAAACACAUAUCCAGAUCAUUCUGGAAAGUCUCUGGAUAUCUAACUAAUUGCCAACAUGAUAAUUUAGAUCUAACAAUGGUUUUUAGUCUCUUGUGGGGAUUGAAAAUUAUUUUGAUUAUUCCUAUUAUAUAGCCUUGAAUGUAGAUGGGUCUCUGAAACUGGAUUGUAAAUUUGUUUUUGAUUCGUAAUGAAAGACUGAUAUGACUUGUGUGGGUAAUUGCUUGGGUUUACAGUUCAUGUUCUCCCCCCCAAAAAAGCUACUGUUAAUGUGAUGAACAAAAGCUAGAAUGGUAUUCUUCACUUUAAAGUUAAUGGACCUAACUCUAAAUCUGUAGUAAUCCAACCUCAUUAGGACAUGGGAUUGACCUGUGUGUUGUCAGGGAAGCUUGGUUGUAAUUACAUCCUUCAAGUAGCUACUUCAGUGUGAAGAGUAUAGGAAACAGAGCUGUUUUCAUUAAUAUAAUGAAGAUCUUUCUUUGGGAAUGACAGUCUAGCAUCAUGCAGUCUCUGAAGCGUGGCCUUUGCAAAUGCUGAAGUAUGUAGACAAGUUUUUUGGGUCAUUCCAAAGGAGCCAAUCUAAAUUACACUAAUUGUGGCCUUGAAGUAAACAAGUUGUCUUACUAAAUUGAGCCAAAAAGAGAGAACAGAUUACCUAGUCUGGAGGUCCACAUGCCCCCACUCCCCCCCAGGGAACCUCUCAUCUGCCUUUUCUAUAUAUUACUCUCAUCAAUAUGGUGGGGGAGGGGGAAGGAAGAAGAAGAAUCCUUAAUUGUUCUCUUGUUCCUAGUGCCAGGUACCAACGCGUACUUUUUAAAACACAUUUUACGAGAAAAAUACUAACAGACAUUGAAGGAAGAAGCAUCUCAGAAUUUCAGAGAUGAUUUUUGGUAGUGGAUAUGCUGUAGAUGAAGGGGUAAUUUAUUACAGUGGAUGUGACUCUACUGUAAAAACUUUGAACUCUUGCUCAUGCUUGUGAAAGAGAAUACUAGAUGCUCUAACACUGGCAUGUUGUAUAUAUAUUUAUUGUGAGAUAAGUAGUGAUGAACUAGAUUGUCUAAAGUCUAACCAUGCAGCAUUAACUGUUGAGUUCUAAAAGAAGUUAGGUGCAAACUGGUUCAGUUAGCAUUAAAGCAUAAUGCUGAUGAAUUACCUCCCAAACCUUGUAAUGUGAAUAUGACUUUUUAACUUGUCAGCCAAACAAGUUCAAAGUGCACUAAUAACUACUACUGAAGCCUGACUAGACUAAAAAUGUGUAAGUAAGAGAGCCUGUUUUAAAUGUCUCCUAAACAAUAACAUUUAAAAUGAUCUGUAACUGUGUGUCUUAAUGACUGCAUAUUGAGCUACCUUAAUUUUUUUUAAAUGACCUAGCAAACUAAACUCAGUAUCUAUUGUAGCAAUUGUCAGUCACUGGAUAAGGAAACUCAUUGAAAAGUUGUGUGUUAAUUACAUUGAGUGCAAUGUAUAUCAAGCUGAUUUGCAUGACAUAUGUCUUAUGUAAAUACUUGCUCUGUAAAUAAAUUUUGAUUUACUGAACAUGUA